AUGGUAUUACUUAGACGUAAUGGGUUGUUAAAGAAUAGAAACUUAAUUUUUCUGUGUCCAAAGCAUCAUAUUAAAAAUGGAAAUAAGUUGCACGUUGAAUCCGAUUCGACGAAAUUUACGGAGCACGAGGCAAAAGUGCAAUUAUCUGACGGGAGAAAGAUGACGUUUAGAACUGGAAAAUAUGCACGUUUCGCAGGUGGAAGUGUUGUCGCCCAAUUCGGUGAUACAUCAGUUAUGAGCACCGUAGUGAGAAAAGAUGUAUUAACCAAUAGUUCUGUACUUCCUCUAACUGUAGAUUAUAGGCAGAAAGCUUCAGCAGCAGGUCGUAUACCAACAAAUUUUUUUCGCAGAGAAAUAGGUUACACACAACAUGAAAUUCUCGCAAGUAGAGUAAUAGAUAGAUCUGUACGUCCUAUGUUCAACGAAGGAUAUUGUUAUGAAACACAACUAAUAUGUAAUUUGUUGGCUGUCGAUGGAGUGCAUGAUCCUGAUGUAUUAUCUAUUAAUGCUGCGUCUGUGGCGUUAAGCAUUUCCGAUAUUCCAUGGAAAGGGCCCAUUGGAGCUGUGAGGAUUGGAUUUAUAGAUAACGAAUAUGUAAUCAAUCCUUCAAAACGCCAACUUCAGCAUAGCUCGUUAAAUCUUAUUGUUGCCUGUGCAUCUAAAAAUCUUGUUGUUAUGGCAGAAGGAUCGGCUAAUGAUAUUAUAGAACAAGAUCUUCGUAAAGCUAUACGAGUAGCUGCCAAAGAUUGUCAAUUAAUUAUAAAUUCUAUAACUAACUUACAAAAGAAAUCUGGAAAAUGUAAAACAGUAAUAACUGAUAAUGUAGAAACGACCAAUGAUAUGACAGAGACUGUAAGAGAAUUUUCCGAAAAUGAGAUACUUAAUGUUUUUAAAUGUUAUACUCAUGAUAAAAUUUCACGAGACAAUGCUAUUAUAGAUUUAAGAACCAAAAUGUUAAAUGAGUUGGCGAACAAUGAUACAAAGACUGCUGCAACUGCUACAAUUGCUUUCAACAACCUUAUUAAAACAGUUUUCAGAACUGCAGUAUUCGAUACUAAUAAGAGAUGCGACGGUCGUAAAUUAAACGAAUUAAGAGAUAUACAAUGUGAAGUGGAAUUAUUUAAACCAGUUCAUGGUUCUGCCUUCUUCCAAAGAGGACAAACUCAGGUUUUAUGUACAGUAACUCUGGAUUGCAUAGAAAAUGCUCUUAAAAUGGAUACUAUUUCAAUGCUAACUAGCGGCGUAAAGGAAAAGAAUUUUUUUCUACAUUACGAGUUCCCUCCGUAUGCAACUAACGAGACGGGUAGAGUAACUGGAUUUGCUCGUAGAGAAGUAGGUCAUGGAGCAUUGGCGGAAAAAGGGUUGCAAUCGGUUAUACCAAAAGAUUAUCCAUUUGCUAUAAGACUUACAAGCGAAGUAUUACAAUCAAAUGGUUCUUCUUCCAUGGCUUCUAUAUGUGGGGGCAGUAUGGCACUGAUGGAUGCAGGUGUACCGAUAUCGUCUCCAGUUGCCGGUGUAGCUAUUGGAUUAAUAUGUAAAUUCAGUAAUGAUACAAACCAGAUAGAAGAUUAUAGAAUAUUAACGGAUAUAUUAGGCAUCGAAGACUAUCUCGGUGACAUGGAUUUCAAAAUAUCCGGUACAAAAAAAGGAUUUACCGCUUUACAAAUCGAUGUAAAAAUACCAGGAAUCCCUAUGAAGAUAAUAAUGGAGGGUAUUCAUCGAGCAACCGAGGCAAAGAAUCAAAUCCUUAAUAUCAUGAACGGUGUAAUAUCAUCUCCGAGAAAAGAUAAGACAGAAAAUAAACCGGUACUCGAAACUAUUGAAGUGCCCGUGUAUCAAAGGGCGAAAUUUAUUGGGAUUGGAGGGUCAAACUUGAGAAAAAUCUUAGUUGAAACUGGAGUUCAUAUAUACUCGCAAGUAGACAAUAUAUAUUCUAUAUUUGCACCUAAUCAAGACGCAAUGAACGAAGCCAGAGAAAUGAUUGAUCAACUUUUGACGAAAGAAUCUGAGCCAGUAUUGACGUUCGGUGAUAUUUAUACAGGAAAAAUAACAGAAAUUCGUGAUUCGGGGGUGAUGGUUACAUUAUAUCCUAACAUGCCGCCGGCGUUAUUGCAUAAUUCGCAAUUAGAUCGACGUAAAAUCCAUCAUCCCAGCGCGCUUGGAUUGGCAGUCGGGCAAGAGAUACAAGUGAAAUAUUUUGGACGAGAUCCGGUCAAUGGACAAAUUAGGUUAUCGCAUAAAGUGUUACAAGAACCAAUAUCCUGCGAUCAAAAUUUAAAUAUCGUUGAAAAAAUGAAGAAAUAAUUUCAAAGUUUUGUAUUCCUCGAUAAGAAUUACGCCGAUAAUAAUAAAA